AUGGGAAGAAAGAGUAAUGGUCGAAAAAGAAUUGACAUGGUGAAGAUACAAAAUGAGAGAAACUUACAAGCGAGUUUCUCUAAACGACACGAUGGCCUCUUCAAGAAGGCUAGUGAACUUUGUACACUAAGUGGUGCUGAAGUUGCCUUAGUGGUAUUUUCCCCAGGCAACAAAGUUUACUCGUUUGGCCACCCCUCUGUGGAUUUGGUCAUGGAUAGGUUCCUGCCAGGGAACUCUCCUAACCAGCUUAUUGAGGCUCAUCGAAAUGGUUGCGUUGGUGAGGUCAAUAUGGAGGAGCUGAUCGACAAAGAAGGGAGAUUAGAAAUGGAGAGAAGUCGCACAGAAGCCUUACAAGGAAUUAGGAGGGGUGCUACUUCAGACAAGCGUUGGUGGGAAGCUCCAAUUGAAGAGCUAAACUUUUUUCAACUUCAACAAGUAGCAGAGGCAAUGGAAAUGACAAAGGAUNAUCUGCUGGAAUCUGCAGACAUUGAAACUCAUUCUCUGGCUGUAGGAACCAAAGUAGGAGUAUUACGGGCUAACUGA